AUGUGGCAUGUUACUUGUGGCUAUGGAUGGGUGGUCGUCUUCGCCUCAUUUUGCGCCAAUAUCAUUGUUGACGGAAUUAUUUUCACAACUGGCGAAGCGCUGGUUGGAAUUUGGGAGCAGGAUUUCAGGACAACAGCUAUGCAAGCUUCCAUUGCUCAAUCGCUUCUCACUGGGUUUUAUUUGCUUGCAGGUCCACUGGCAAGUGCAUUUGCUAAUCUGUUCGGAUGCCGCCUUGUAACAAUUGGUGGUGCCUUGAUAACAUUCACUGGUUUUAUACUAUCUUCGUUCGUCUCAUCGCUCCCAUUUCUUUACAUUACAUUUGGCGUUAUUGGAGGUCAGUUUUUUUCUGCUUUCUGA